UCCCCUUUGUCUCCACUAGUCAUGGCUUCCUCUUCCUCCCCCUCCUCCUCUUUCUCCUCCUCCUCCUCCUCCUCCUCCUCCUCACUCAUUCCGCGUCUGUCCUCCAUCAGCAGCGGCCUGGAUGCUCCGCUGAGCUCAAACAUGGCUGUGAAUCUCGCCAAGAACAGACUGCUCCUGCUCACCGCCUACCAAGACGUCAUCGACGAAUGCUCCGACACCGACUGGGCCUUGUACACGUACGAAGACGACAGCAAUGAUUUAACGCUGGCAUCGACGGGAGGGGGCGGCCUGGCAGAAAUCACGCUGACCUUUGACAACGCCCGGGUCAUGUACGGCUUCUGCGGCUUGAAGGAGCCCAACGCCGCCUUGCCGCGAUACAUCCUCAUUAACUGGGUGGGCGACGAUGUGCCCGACGCCAGGAAGUGUGCCUGCGCCAGCCACGUGGCCACCAUUGCGGACUUCUUCCAGGGCGUGGCAGUCAUCAUCAACGCCAGCAGUGUCGACGACAUCGACCCGUCCGCCAUCGGGCAGCGGCUCACCAACGGCACCGCGGUGGCGGCCAGUCCCGUCCUGACUCGUCUCAAAACCCGAGAAGAGGAACGUGGAGACGUGAAGGGCACAGUGUACCAAAAGACCAACGCAGAGGUGGAGAUGAAGAAAAUCAAUCGAGAAGAAUUCUGGGAGCAGGCCAAGCGCGAGGAGGAGCUGAGGAAGGAAGAGGAAAGGAAGAAGCUGGCCGAGGAACGCCAGCGCUUUGAGGAGGAGCGAAUGGAGCUGGAGAGGAAGGAGCAGGAGAACCGAGAGCGGAGGUACCGGGAGCGAGAGAGGCAGAUUGAAGAGCACAGGAAGAAAAUACAAGAGGAAGAAGAGGCCAAAGACAGGUUGCAGAGUCACACAACCUUACCGGCAGAGCUAAGCAUCGAUGACCUCAGCCUGGACAAGAAGGAGUCUGAAGUGGAGGUUCAGGAGGCCAAGGCCAUCAUUGCUCAGCGGUCCGGGAACCCCCGAGAGUUCUUCAAGCAAAAGGAACGAGCCAUGACCAUCAGCGUGGACACCUCGCCCGUCGCCGUCCACAGGGCCGGCCGCUUGGACAGCCCCUUUUUGAGGCAGCAACACAGUCCCGGCAGCCCCACUUGGACUCCCCCGCCCAGGGGGGUGUCGCCUCUGCGCACUGCCGCGCCGCACGCACAGACGCACCGCGCCGCCGGGGACAACGGCGAGCAAGCAAGCGUGGAGCGGAACGUGGCGGCGGUGUCGCCCAUCCCCCAGAUUGUCACCACGCCCAUCAAGGAGGAAGCCAACAUGGAGACAGAAUGCGCAUUUGACUGGGAACCAAAGCAGGAGCAGAAAGCUCCUGUCCAGGAGUGGAGCCCUUCCAAGCCCGUUCAGAGCGUAGCCCCCCAGGCCCGCGAGCCCGCCUUCUCCACGUGGGAUUCCGCCACCGAAGAUCUGGUGGACCUGAUGGGCGACGCGCCUACAGCCGGCGUUCGCUCUCAGCCGCUUCUCAGCUUUGACGAGCUGACGGACGGCGACUCGCGCGCGGCGACCGAGGGGGAUCGACCCGCCGGCCCGCUGGACGAGGACGCCUCGGAGCAGAUGACGCUCAGCUACCAGCACGCGUUGCAGCACGCCGCCGCCGACGGACACGCGCUGAUGACCAACGGGGAAACGCUGAUUAAAGAAGCCGCUCAGGCGAGCGAGGGCUACUUCAGCCAAUCGCAGGAGGAGGAAUUCGGCCAAUUGGAGGAGGGCUCGGCAAAAGCCACACCUGUGCUUUAUAACAAGCCGCCAGAAAUUGACAUCACGUGCUGGGACGCCGACCCCGUGGCGGACGACGACGACGACUAGCCGGACGAACGGACGACGGGCCCAAAUGAGGAAGUGCGCUUCGUUCAAACCAAUCCAAUUUUUCUAUGAAAAAAAAUCCCAGAAAAAAAAUCAAAAAGGUCAAGAAAAAAAUUCUGGAAUGAAAACGGCUCUCGUAACGUUUCGGAGGAAAUCAAUAAGAGUAGUUGAACAAGAGAUGGUUUCGCUAGAGAUUUUUUUUGUGUUUGUUACUUUAUUUAUUUGUUUUUCCUCUCUUUUUUUUUUUGCCAUGCAGAUGUAUUCAACGGGAUGUUAUUACAAUAACUAUAGAAAGCAUUUCUUGAUAUCCGGCUUACGCGCCUUCGGUGGCGCUCAGAGGUGAUGAUUCACUGCCACCUGAAUGAGAGAUGAGCCGUCUCAAUUUUGUUUUCUGGUGCACUUUUAUUCUCUCUAAACUCCAUUGUGCAUUUCAGCCCGGUUUUAUUUUGUAAAAAUCUAUUUACAAAUGCCAAAAAAAAAAAUCCUAAUUAUAAUGAGCUUUGUAGAUAUUUUUCCAGGUUUUUAGAAGACUUUCAAGUGCAAAGAAAACGUUGCACGGUAGACAAUAAAUAGUAGUUUGGACUGCAUUAAAUGGGUCGACUGUUUGGACAACCAGAAAUGAUGCGUGCGUUGACGUGGAAGCAGGAGUGUAAACAUUUCAAAGUGAUGCUUAUUUGAACGAUACAUAAGGAAUAUUAGCCACACUCGGAAAAAAAUGGAUGCUGCUCAAAUGAAGUCUGAAUAUUACCGUAUAUACUCGCGUAUAGGUGGCUAUUUUUUUAGAGCGAACUUUUCGCCCAAAGAUGGGGGUGCCACUUAUGCGCUGUCCAUAAUUUAGACCAUCGAAACACUGAAAAAACACCCAGUUUAGCUUACGGUACGUUUGCUAACGCUAACUACACAGGCUAGUUAUGCUCAAAAUAAUCUACACAUAUCUAUGAUUAAAAAAAAAAAAUACACACUGUACUUUAGACGAACCGUACUUAGCGAAGAAAAUUUGUCCAAGGAAGAAAUAAAGACUCGGUUUAAACUUUACACGACAUGCAGCCAUCUUGGUUUUCACAACAAUGUCGCCAAACCACCUCGAGAGGUUGUUCUAGGAGCGUGAGUGAAAGAGGAAUUUGAGGGUUUCCAUCCAGGAUGAUCAGGAAGAGUUACUGUAAGUCUGUCAAGAAAGUUAAGAAACAAAAACUUGUUUGUGCUCUGUACCCUGUCAAGUCCUGGAUGAUAGUUUGGAGUUUUAGGUGCCGUCUAAUAACUCAAAAGCACUCUAUCCAAAUAAAAAUAACAAACCAAAAGAGUCAAAAACGUAUUCACAACGGAACCAACAAACAUUCCAUUUAAGCACAAUUAACCCGGAACGAAUUAACUUUAUAUGUAGAGGUACCACUGUAUAUGGCUCAUACAGUUUGUGUUGUUACUAGGUGUGUACAGUAAGCUGUUUCGAAAUAAAAAUACAGUUAAUAAAUGAUGUUUAUUUGUUUCCGUCAUAUUGGGAUGGAAAAUCAGUCCAAAUAUUUGCCCAAAAAUCUCCUGCAUUGUGGUGCGACCUAUACGAGGGCCACCCAUAAAUACAUUUUAAACCACAAACUAGAGGCUCCUGGAGCCACCUAUACGCCAGUAUAUACGGUAAUGUAAAGUUGUACUAUUAAGACUUUUUUUUAAGUGAUAAAAGGGAGAAGUUGGAAAAAUACAGUGCUGGCCAAAAGUAUUGGCACCCCUCAGUUCUGUCAGAUAAUGCUGAAUUUCUCCCAGAAAAUGAUUGCAAUUACAAUUGCUUUGGUAGUAAAAUCUUUAUUUAUUUUGCUUUGCUUGCAAUGAAAAACCACAAAAGAGAGUGGGAAAAAAAUCAUUAUCAUUUUACACAAAACUCCAAAAAUGGGCCGAACAAAAGUAUUGGCACCCUUUGAAAAAAAAUCAUGUGAUGCUUCUCUCAUUUAUGUAAUAAACAGCUACUUACCUGUAUCACAUAGCAGGUGGUGCCAAUAACUAAUUCACACUUGCAGCCAGUUAAAAUGGAUUGAAGUUGACUCAACCUCUGUCCUCUGUCCUUGUGUGUACCACAUUGAGCAUGGAGAAAGGAAAGAAGACCAAAGAACUGUCUGGGGACUUGAGAAGCAAAAUUGUGAGGAAGCAUGGACAAUCUCAAAUCUCCAAAGACCUGAAUGUUCCUGUGUCUACCGUGCGCAGUGUCAUCAAUAAGUGUAAAGCCCACGGCACUGUGGCUAACUCCCCUAGAUGUGGACGGAAAAGAAACAUUGACGAGAGAUUUCAACGAAAGAUUUUGCGGAUGGUGGAUAAAGAACCUUGACUAACAUCCAGAAAAGUUCAAGCUGUGCCGCAGUCCGAGGGUACGACAGUGUCAACCCAUACUAUCCGUCGGCGUCUGAAUGAUAAGGGACUCUAUGGUGGCAUAGAGUCCCAAGAUAACCCAACUUCUGACCCAGAGACAUAAAAACAGCCAGGCUGGAGUUUGCCAAAACUUAUCUGAGAAAGCCAAAAAUGUUUUGGUUGGAAGAAUGUCCUUUGGCCAGACGAGACAAAAGUAGUGCUUUUUGGGAAAAGGCAUCAAUAUAGAGUUUACAGGGGGAAAAACGAGGCCUUUAAAGAAAAGAACACGGUCCCCACAGUCAAACAUGGCGGCGGUUCCCUGAUGUUUUGGGGUUGCUUUGCUACCUCUGGCACUGGACUGCUUGACCGUGUGCAUGGCAUUAUGAAGUCUGAAGACUACCAACAGAUUUUGCAGCAUAAUGAAGAAAGCUGGGUCUACCUCAGAGGUCUUUCAGCAGGACAAUGACCCAAAACACACUUCAAAAAGCACUAGUUUGAGAGAAAGCAGACUUCUAAAGUGGCCAGACCUGAAUCCCAUAGAACACACCUGUGGAAAGAUCUGAGAAUGGCACCCUUCAAAUGUCAGAGAUCUGGAGCAGUUGGCCAAAGAAGAAUGGUCGAAAAUUCCAGCAGAGCCUUGUAAGAAUCUCAUUGAUUGAUACCAGAAGCGGUUGUUCGCAGUUAUUUCGUCGAAAGGUUGUGCUAACAAGUAUUUGGCUGAGGGUGCCAAUACUUUUGUCCGGCUCAUUUUUGGAAUUUUGUGGAAAAUGAUCAUGAUUUCAUUUAUUUUUUGCAUUCUCUUUUGUGUUUUUUCAUUGCAAGCAAAAUACGACCAAAGUAUUUCUAAUUGCAAUCAUUUUCUGGGAGAAAUUGAGCAGUAUCUGACAGAAUUGCAGGGGUGCCAAUAUUUGUGGCCAUCACUGUAGUUAUUGCAAAAAUAAAUUUGAGACUAUUAAUCAUAAUUAAGCGGUCUGUCGCUAAUGGAAAAGUCACAAAUACCAUUUUCAAGUUGAAGAAUUGCUUAACCCUAUUUGAUAACCCUAUUUUAUCUGUAAUUUGUAAAAACAAUUUUCAGUGUGGCAUCCUUUGUCCAAUGAACUCUAGGACUUUUUACUAAACAGCUUUGGGUCUUUUUUUUCCCAGGAAAAAUACAAAGCUUUUCUUAGAAUUUUCAAAACAGAUGUGUGAGAUGAAGGGAAGCUGUGUCUAAAAGUGUGAUGACAAUUGACCUUCAGGACCCUUUCUCAAUUUUAGCAACAAAAUUGUUGUAGUCUCUUUUAUUUUUUAUUUUUGCUGUAGAAAAGAAAAAAUCCUAGGCAAUAAUAUAUCUAUGUGCGCACAUGCGUACGUGUGUCUACUGUAUGUGUUACACUUAAAGAUCACGCGUCAUUUGGCUGAGUUAGACGCUCGCGUCAACAUUACUUGGGUCAGUGUUUUUCAACCGGGGUACUGCGGCACAGAGAUCGUCAGGUGUGCCGCGAGAAAUGAUCCCAUAUCGCUUUUUUUUGUUGUUUUUUUUGUUUUUUUUUACGUUGUUGGGCGGAGUUGCAGUAGAAAGGAAUGAGUAGGUACUGUAGAAGGUUGCGGUCGUGUGCAGAUGAGCGAGGUAUUGCUCGUGUCGCGUUCAAGAACUGCUCCGAUUUCUAGCCAUCAGCCACCUUGCUGUCCGCGACCAUGUGGACCCCAGCACGUCUAAUGUACAUCAUUUGAUUCGACUCGUACAGUGCGCAAAAGUGUCCUUUCCAUUUUAUCCAUAUGUGACGACCGUCAAUCCUCCCCGUUUUAUUCCAACACAUUGUCGAGGAUAACGAAGUGGCUGAUGGCUAGAAAUCCGAGCAGUUCUCGAACGCGACACGAGCAACACCUCGGCGCUCGCCUGCACACGACCAAGAACCUUCAAUCUACUCCUUCCUACUGCAAUUCCACCCGACGACGUCUGCGUGCCGUUAACAAAGCGGAGUGUUCGUCAAAAUACCAGACAGGGGGCACCCUAAUAAUGUCAUGAAUUGUAUUAUAAAUUGUAUAAGAGAAACAGGCAACUUUUUUGAGAAAAACUACAAAGGUCAAUGAGAAAGCCCUCAAAACCUUGUUGCUAAAUCCAAGAAGUCCAACACAAUGGCAGAAACAUUAAUACUACUUGCCUGCAAAGCCAUUGUCAGUGAGGUGUUCGGCCCUGAUGCGGUUAAAGACAUUGCUAAAGUCCCCCUGUCUGAUCAUUCUGAGCUUUUCAAGCCUAACUGCUAUAAUAAAUAAAAACAGACAGCGACGGAGAGCUGUUGAAGAAGAUUCCUGCCACGAUAUUGGCUUUGUGUUCAUCUAACCACUGUUUACGUAUAAAUAUUGAGCAGUUAUUUUCGAAUUAAAUAAACUGUACAGAAAUUAAUUUUGGAACAUUUUUGGUUUGCGGUGUGCCCUGAGAUUUUUCCCAAUGUAAAAACGUGCCGUGACUCAGAAAAGGCUGAAAAACACUGACUUGGGAAAUGUAACCAUUUGACUCUGCUCCACCCGCCGUCGUAAUCACAAUUGAUUUUUAAUUUUACGCCAAAAACAUGGUUGUAAAAUGAGUGGGGGAAAAGUCCUAACAUGAGGGGAAAAUAGUAUUACAAGAAAAAGUGAUAAAGCAUAUUACUAGGAUGGGAAAUUCCAUUUGAUGUGAAUCAUGAUCAUACUUCAUAUUAGGUGAAAACAGUUGUAAUAUUAUAAACAUUUUGACAUCAUGAGUGGAAAAAGUCCAUGUUCAACAUAAGAAUCUUUUUUAAGAAACAAAAUGCAAUACCAAAAAGUAAAAUAUGAUGGAGAAAGGGCGGGGCUUGGUGAAAAAAAUUUGCCUAUUUUUGAUGUGAUUUCAAAACAAAAAUAUUUCGGGAGGAGAGUUGAGGGGAAUGACAGCCUAAUACUUUUUGCCUUGUACUAUAGCAAUUUUUAUUUCUUCAUUUUAGGACUUUUUUCCCGAAAACAACUCACAAAUUUUAUGUUUGCUGAAAAAGAAAUGCCCAUCUUUCAAUUUGAAUGAAAACUGCUCUUAUAAUCCUCAGAAGAUGCCUUUAGUCUCACGUCACCGUCGUUUGUUUCCAUCUCAUCCACGCCUGACUCCGGUCUUAUAUAAUCUGCUUUCCAUAUACUGUAGAGUACAGUACGUAUAAUACAGUAGACAUGCUGAUGUUUUCCAUUUGUCCAUAUCUGUUCACUGACGCAUUCAAAUUAAAAUUGUUUUCUAAAGGUACUGAG